UCUUCAUCUUCCCUGCCCUGCCCGCCCCCCAACCCAAAAACCCCCCACAACCCUUUGUUUAUAUUCCACCCCUUUUUUCCAUAUAGAUUCUUUAAAGCACCAUUAUAAUAAUACAGAAUAAAUAUAUAUAUAUGUCAGGUUUGUAUAAUCCCAAUUAUUCUCCAGCAAGAGCUGUCUCUCCACUCAUAAGAACUACUACUAAUACUGAUGUUGAUAGUCAAUAUUUGACUGAAUUGUUGGAAGAGCAUCAAAAGCUUCAACCUUUUAUGCAAGUUCUUCCAGUAUGUUCAAGAUUAUUGAAUCAAGAGAUCUUGAGGGUCUCCAGUAUGCUGCCCAACCAAGGGUUUAAUGAGCUGGACAGGUUGCGCCAUAGAAGUCCUAGCCCCAUGGCAUCUUCAAAUCUUAUGUCAAAUGUUCCCGGGAAUAGAAUGGGUGGCUGGAAUGGUCUUCCACCAGAGAGGUUAAGUGGACUACCAGGAACAACAAUGGACUGGCAAGGAGCUCCAGCAAGUCCUAGUGCAUAUACCGUGAAGAGAAUUUUGCGGUUAGAGAUACCAGUUGAUACCUAUCCAAAUUUUAACUUUGUUGGAAGACUUCUCGGCCCUAGAGGAAAUUCUCUUAAACGGGUAGAGGGUACAACAGGUUGUCGGGUUUAUAUUAGAGGAAAAGGGUCGAUCAAAGACCCGGAACAGGAAGAGAAGUUGAGGGGAAGACCAGGCUAUGAACAUUUAAACGAGCCCCUUCACAUAUUGAUUGAGGCUGAUUUACCUGCAAGUGUUGUUGAUAUCAGGCUAAGGCAGGCACAAGAAAUAAUUGAAGAACUGCUCAAACCUGUGGACGAGUCCCAGGAUUAUAUAAAAAGACAGCAGCUACGUGAACUGGCCAUGCUAAACUCAAAUUUCAGAGAAGAUAGUCCAGGGCCAAGUGGCAGUGUCUCACCAUUCAAUACCAGCAGCGGAAUGAAACGUGCAAAAACUGGGCGUUGAAAUCCAUGUUAUAAAAAACAUUCUGCACAAUUUGAUGAUCAUGGAGACCAGUGGGCAUGGCCUCGGAAUCGUAUAUUUGUACACAUUACCAGUGGUAUGCAUCUUCCAAUACGCCUUCGUAUAUUUCAUGGAUUUUGCAACAGAAAUCAAAAGUAUAGGCUGGGAGUUCAUGCAGACGAACGUCACUGCUGUUUUUUGUUUUACAUUUUGAAAUUGAAUGGACAUAGUAUGAAGUACAAAGUGGGAAAGGCGUUCUUUUUUUUUCUUCUUUGUCCGGUCUUAUUUAUAUUCUUGUUUCUUUUGGUGAUUAUAAGGUGAUGGGCAUGCGUGUUGUAAACUUUGAUUCAUUCGAUUUAUUCUUGUGUCAGUAAAACCAUGACAGUAUCAUAUAUCCCUCAAAUAUAUAAAUGUAUUGGUGCA